AGCCUUCUUUGGACUUAGUUCAGCAGAGACUGUGGGCCUCCGAUCAGGAACUUUAUCUGGCUAGUAAUCACAUCGGCACGCUGGCUUUUGUGCCUGCACUAGUGCAUAAGCAGGCUGGAUUCUAGAUGCUGCACCCUGUGGAAGGAAGCGUCCCUUAUGUAUCUAUGAGGUGCUGUUAAAUAGAUGCAUGCUAUGUAAAAGGGAGAAUGGCGGGGUUCUACAAUUGCUUGAAGAGUAACAACGAUUGUAUCAUGGCAACUGGCCCUGUGGAUGUCCUGGAGCUGCCGGAGACAGAAGAAACAGGUGAGGAAUUUUCAAGAAAGAAAAAAUCCAAGUUUCAGACUUUUAAGAACUUCUUUGCCAAGAAGAAGAAGCGGAAAGAGCCCUCAUCUCCGGUGGGAGCAGGCCAUCUGAAGCCGAGCCAGUCCAGUAGCGAUGUCAGCGCCCCGAACCUCGAUUCCAGCCUCCUCCAUUUGCCGAAAGAGCCAGGAUCCAAAGGGAGCAUGGGUAGCAAAGCCUUAUCGCAUGACAGCGUCUUCAUUUUUGAGUCGUCGCCUGAAGUGGUGGGGAAAACAUGUUCGCAUGAAAAUCUACCUGGGAAAGUGAAAAGCUUGCAGCUUCAGUUGCAACAGAAUUUCCAGCUUGGAUCACCGCCUCGAAUGAUCACCAGUAAGAAAGCAGAAGAUGCAGGUGCCGUUUCAGAGGAUGACGGAUUACCCAGAAGCCCUCCAGAAAUCUCCACCCUCCAUGAUGUUCUGACCUGUUCUGCAAGUAAGUCCUGCAACCUUGUCCAGCGCCAGAGUUCUUUGAGUUUAGGUGGGACAGACAGUGAAGAUGAGCAGGUCCCUUCAGAAGCCUCCUCCAGGCCGACUAGUCCACUCUCCUCCGUGGCCCCCACGCGCCCCGCCUCGCCAAGGUGCCGCCUGCUUCCCGCUGACUUCAACAGCCCGGCCACUCCACUGGGCUGUCUGGAUACCUCCGCAGCCAAGCACAGGAUUGCGAUAAAUCCACGGAAGCAGAAAGCUUUUGCCAGUAAAAACCAGAAUCAUGCUGUGGAACUGCUGGAAACGGAGCAAGGCCUCCCUGUUAUUGCUGAAGGCAAAAGAAGCUGUGUGAAGUUGCUUGAAGCGGGCAGCCAAAUGAAAGAAUGGGAAGGCUUAUCAAUUCUGAAUGCAAGUGAGAGUUGGACUCACAAUAUGCUUCCCACAACGAGGACUCUGGAUCCUUUGCGUUACUCUUGGAAUGCUGGUCCUGGUGUGGAUAGGAUUCGUCUCCCUGCCCCGGAGACCCACAACUGUAUAGGAACAGAUUUAAAGGCCAGUGUGAUGGCAGCCUGUCCAAGUGCGGGGUCUUCCCUCACAAAGCGUGAAGAAGAGAUGGAAGAGGCGGGGGUAAAAACAACUUGGGGUCAAAGGGACAGUCUCAAGCUGAAUGCACAAAACUCUGGGAAAGAGGCCAUUGAGACUUCUGAAUCUUUACAGACUGAAACUGAAACUUCUGGGCUCUCUGAUGCACAGCUUUCUGCCUUGUAUGCUGAUGGUGUGGGAAAGGACGUUGAUGUAUCAGUAGAACGGAGCCAAAUGACCUGCCCAAAACCUGUAGAUCAAAAGACAAAGUACCCCAGGAGUGUCAAAGAGGCAAGACAUGUUGACAGGGCCAAAGACAGGCCUGGUGAGGGGAACAGUUCUGUCUCUCUCGAAACAGAUCCUGCACUGAUCGCUCUACAGUUUUUUUCACCCACUUUGGAAGCUCCCUCGGAAGCAAAGACACCUGUGGUCGCAGGUCCACCAGGCAAAGAAGAUGCAGGGAAGCCAGCAGAGACAGAACUUCCACCCUUUGAAGACCAUGGGAAGCCAACACCAGUGCUGCAGGAAGAGUCGGCCAUCUUGGAUGCCAAUGUAGAUAGUCACCUGCUUCAGAAUGCAGGGGGCAAGAAACCAUUUCUCCCAGUGGAAUUUCAUGGCCCUUUGUUGAACAGUGGCCUAGACAGUUGGGAGACGGAUGUCCCCAGAAAGACGGGCAACUCCUCUGUGGGAAAUCUAGCUGCCUCAGGAUCUGCUGAGGUGGCUCCUCAGAGUAGCCCUCAUGAUGAUGAUGAUGCCAGAGAAGACCAGAGAGAAGGUGUGAAAAUAGAAGAGAAAAGCAAAGCUCCAGAUGAGACAGUGAAGACACCAUCCAGGUCUGCGUCUGCGAAGCCGGUCAGGUUCACCAUUGCCCCAGCCUGGCAAAGGUCCCUCUCAGGCGGCUCAGGUUCCAUAGAUGGUUCCCCAUCUUCACCCAUAAGUCCAGAGUUGUUUGAAGCAAUGCCUUUGUUAGAUACUGCUGCACAGGGGAGUUUACAGAACAGUCUGGAAAGACUUGACAGGGAUCAUCGAAACGCUGCGGCCAUCUUGAAUGCUGCCAUGGAAUGGGCAAAUGUGGAUUCCCCGAACCAUGAGAGUCCCUUUGGGGUUAAGCUGAGGAGAACGUCCUCUUUGCUGAAAUACCAAACUGAACAGCAACGUCACGAGCCUCCCAAACAGCUGCCGUUAGUGGCUUCUGAAGGCCCCUCUGUCUCCAUUAAAGAUGAGCUGAAGUCCUCGGGUUCCAGGAAGCCGUUCCAGAAUCUUCCAAGCGCCGUGAAACCUUCCGUUACAAAACCUGGCUGCCAGGACGAGAAAAACGUCUCCAAGGCCAAACUGGAAGAAGCGGCAACUAAGCAGCCGAUGGGGAAAUCUCCAGAGCAAACUGCAGCUGCCCAAUUGGAACCCCUCUCUUCUGAACCGACGUGGAUUUCAGUGGCCAAGCAAAAGCAGAAGGGUUUCCAGGGCUCCCCUCUUGCCAAAGGACACCCCAAGGAGGAGAAGCCCUUGGUCAAAACAAAGCAAGAGAGAGAGAAGCGCACGGACACUUCUCAGCAGGAAAAGCAAGGAAACCCUACUGGUGAGAACGUACUGAAAAAGAGUACCACUCCUCAUCUGCGUGGCCAUAAGACCACAGAGCAGCUGAAGAUGACGGCAUCCACUACAACAGAGGCGCCGGUCAGGACGUCCCCUCAGGAAGCGCCUCGGGUGGGAAAGGAAACGAGGCCACCGCCAAGCCUCUCCAUAUCCUCGUGCAGCCCUGCUGAGCCCCCGUGGCUAUCACUGGCGAAGAAGAAGGCCAAGGCAUGGAGCGAAAUGCCCCAGAUUGUCCAGUAGCUCUUCAGGAGUCUUUUGUCUACACUGCCAAUAGCUGUAUUAAUAGUGUAUAAUGGAGGCUCUCACACUGGGUCCCCAGGCGGUGUUCAACUUCAUCUCCCAUAAUCCCCAGCCACAAUAGCCUUGUGGCUGGGGAUUAUGGGAGUUGUAGUCCAGCAACACCUGGGGCCUCAAGUCUGAGAAUCCCUGGUGUAUAACAAUGUCUUCACUGUGAGCAGUAUUUUUUUUUUAAAGGGUUGAAGUGGAAGUCUUACGUUGGGUGGGGUAGGGAGAAAAACGUAUUUUAAUUUGUCAUUCCCUGAAGAUGGCUUUCUACUGAAGACUGGACCCAAGGCUGCCAUCAGAAUUAAUACACUGAAUACUUUCCACUGUAACACAGGAACUUAGGAAGCUGCCAUAUACUGAGUCAGGCCACUGGUCCAUUUAGCUCAGUAUUGUCAACACUGACUGGCAGCAACUCUCCAAGACUUCCAGCAGGAGUCUUUCCCAAUCCAGCCAGGGAGUGAAUCCUGGACCUUCUGAAAGGACGCAGCUGCUCAACCAGGGGAAUAUUGUCCAGUGCUCACAUGUAGUCACCCCUCCAAAUGCCAACCAGGGCAGACUCUCCUUAGCACAGGGACAGUUCUUCCUUCCUACCACACAACCAGCUUUCCUCCAGGAAACUUCACUUAUCCUGUGUCAACACUGGCAUCAAAGACUGCUGAGAAGGAUCCUGAAAGUUGAUCACACAUUUCUCUUAAGACGCUUAAGCUACACCCAAGACGGUGGGUAACAGGCACGGUGUGACGGCACUUGGAUGCUGCAAACCGGGUCUGCUGCAGACUUCUAAGGGCAUUCCACGGCUGCUGCUCAGAGGCAUCAUCUCCCAACAAUGGGGAAACCAUGGUGGGCCGAAUGGCUCAAGAGCUCAGUAAUCCGAAUCCAUGCAUUUCCCGAUGGUAUUGCUGCAAAACCUGGGUCUCUAAUGGAAAAAGAGGAGACAAGUUGGCUGGAGGCGGUUCUUCCUUCAGUGUCCAACUCUCUUUCCUCAGAAGAGUUGCCAGUGUUAGUAGCUGCUGUUCAGCAGCUGGGUGCUUACAGCCAAAUAGAUCUCGCCCUGCCUGCCACUGUAGAGCAGGAAGCUGUUAAUUGGUUCAUCCAGGCUUUACAGUGGUCCCAGUGGCUUGUUUGGAAAGGAACAAACUGCUCAGGGGCCGUUUAGCAACUCUCCUCUUGCCUGUUGCAUUUUUCGGCAUCUUAUUCUUAAUGGAGAAUAGGGGUGUGUGCAAAUCGUAAUCUGCUCUUUGAUUCAACCUCAAAUUGAAUCGCAGACCCCUCCAAAUGAAUCAUCAGAAGUAGUUGACUUGGGCAGCUGCCUCGACGAAUCACCCCCGAUUCGACCCGAAUCUAUUCAGGUGAUUCGGAUGCCAUUUAGAGGUCCUUUUUGCUGGGAAAUCAGGCCUUAAAAUGGUGCUUCUGUCUGGGGAGAGCUGGUCUGCCCAUUGGGAUGAGCAGAUACACCAACCCUCCACUCCGGCCUCUGUGCUUCAGCCCUCCUCAGAGGGCUCAUCAACCCGCUAAUCCCAAUUGGUAGACCAUUGCUCGCUGGAAAGAAGUGCCAUUUUGAGGCCCAUUCCCCCACCAAAAUGGGCCUCAAAAUUGCGUCUGAAUAGAUUCGGGUCGAAUUGGGGGUGAUUCCAUUUGAUCCCGAAUCUGACCCUUUCUUUUCAGGGCAAUCCGAUUCUUGGUAAAAUAAUUGAACCACCCCCAUUCAACCUGAAUCAAUUCGUGAGCAAAUCAAAUUGCACAUCCCUAAUGGAGAACUCUGGACCUCAACUCCCAUCAUCCCUGACUACAAUAAACGGCAGCUGGGGUGAUGGGAGUUGUAGUCCCACAGCUGGAGAGCCUCCAGCUGUGCACACCUGCUCUAGAGGGCUAAUCUGAUGCAGUUACCCAGUCGUGUGUCCUGUCCAGCUCAAGACCAGUUUCUCGACGCAGGUGUGUCUGUACCUGUGCAGAGGGCUAGAUGGCAGCACUGACUUAAAGCUGUGUGUGUCCCCAGGGUGUCAUUGUGCAAUGCAUCCCUUCCUGUGAAUCCUGAGCCUGCCAUCCAGGAUUGAGCUUGGUACUGCUCCAUUUUGCUGUGAAGGGGAGAAACAUCAUGCCCGCUUGAGUUGGCCAGAAAUGCCCUGGCAGGUGAAGAGUGUGGUGUGCUCCAGCUCCAGCUGGUUGCGUGAGUAGGAACAGAGGGCCACCACAGGAAGCUGCCUCCUACUGAGUCAGACCCUUGGCCCAUCUAGCUCAGUACUGUCCACACUGACUGGCAGCAGCUCUCUGAGGUUUCAGGCAAAAGGGCUGGAGGUGCCACCAGGGACUGAACCCGGGACUUUCCAUGGGCAAAGCAGAUGCUCCACUACUGUGCUUCAUUAUCAGGGAAAACUCCGCCCCCCCCACCGCUCAGCCUGGAGAAUUUAUUCUUACCUGCACAAGGUAAGAAUAAUUCUUCCCCCACAGUCCAAGAAACUGGCACUGCAAGGCUUACCUUGGCAUUACAGCAAUUCCUGUUUGAUGCUGUGCAGGUCUUUCCUUGGUAUCGCUAACUUUGGGUUGCUGUCCUAACCUUUAAUCCUCUUCGCCCUUCUACUUGGCAAAAGGCACCAAAAGCAAUGCAUUUUUUUUUUAUUAAUGGUCUUUGUCUUUUAAAAACACAGUAUGUAUAUAUGUUUUUGUAACCCUUGCGUUUCAGGACAACCUGUUUUUGUAUGGUUCCUAUAUUUUGUUUGCUAUUAAAUACUGUUGUCAUAUGGGA